GCAAUGAUCGUACAUUUAAGAGCCUUGGAGAUGAGCAUCUACUUAGCAAGAAGCUAAAAAAUUUUAGUGAUUUAGCAUGUGAAAGACGAAUCAAGUUUAUUAAUGAAACUUUCAAAGAAAACAGGCCAAAUCAUUCGCUGCGACCAAUACCUGUUACUGCUCAAGAGGAAGCAGCUGCUAUAGAUGAAGCAAAUAUGUCGAAAGAAGAGCUUCUAUUAAUUAUUAAUUUAUUGCUAAAUUCAGUUAAUAUUUCAGAUCGUCCAAAGUAUCGUGGGUUAAAGCAAAAAAAUCGUGCUCAAUUACGAGAGAUCUUACAAAAUAUUAGAGACCUUCAUAAUGAGCAAGAUGAACCUGAAGAUGAAAUAGAACUUGAAA